AUGUGGGACCUUGGGGCCAAAUGCUGGGCCAGCGCACCGGCUGCUGAGCAUGAUGGUACCCCCCAUGGUCAAUCAUCCGAUGCGCCUGACGAAAGAGGAGAAAAGACUAUGCCCGUCGAAAACACUUUCUUCCACUCUGACGACAGCAGCGAGGACGGAAGUGUUCAAAAUGGUGUGCGCGAAGUCGAAGCUGUUACCUCGGCAUGGGAUACCAAAUCUUUGAUCCUCGUGUUCUUCUUCAUCUACGUGAUUUACACAGUCGAUUCGAUGCAUUCUACCAUGUCCACCGCAUUCUCAGCUUAUGUCACCAGUGAUUUCUCACUGCAUUCUCUCACGGCCACUACCGGUAUCCUCUCGAGCAUUCUCGGAGGUCUGUCACGCUUGCCUCUCUCUAAAAUCAUCGACGUAUGGGGUCGUCGUGAAGGUUUCGCCGUCAUGGCAUGCUUCUUGACUGUUGGUCUCGUCAUGAUGGCGGGUUGCAACAACGUCGAAACCUAUGCUGCGGCUCAAGUCUUUUACUGGAUAGGUUACACUGGUAUUCAGUAUAUCGUGGCAGUCAUGAUCGCAGAUGCUACCAGCCUGCGCAACCGUGGAAUUGUGUAUGGUAUCGUCUCGACGCCCUACCUCUUCACCACAUUCGCUGCCGGUCCUGCUGCGACAAACUUCAUCAACGGCCCAGGCUGGCGAUGGGGCUUUGGUACCUUUGCCAUCGUCACACCUGUCAUGUGCUUGCCUGUGUUGCUGAUCUUCACCUUGAACAAGCGAAAGGCGAAGAAACUUGGUACAUACACCAAAAGACCAGAUAGCGGCCGCACUAUGAUGCAGUCCAUCAAGCACUACGCCAUCGAGCUUGACGUCCUCGGCCUGCUCCUGAUUUGCGGUGGUCUUGCCCUCUUUUUGCUUCCCUUCAGCUUGUACUCUUACCAAGCCAAGCAAUGGCGAUCACCGAUGAUCAUCUGUAUGUUGGUCUUUGGUAUCAUCACUCUCAUCCUGUUUGGAGUCUACGAGAAGUUCUUCGCUCCCAAGAGCUUCUUGCCCAUCGCCCUACUGUCCAAUCGCACGGUCCUUGGGUCAUCAAUCUAUGGUGCAUUGGCCUUUGUCAGCUUUUACAUCUGGAACAGCUUCUUCUACUCUUUCUUGAUCGUCGUCAACGACCUUUCGAUCUCGAAGGCUGUCCUCAUCCGCAACAUUUACACACUUGGAUCCUGCUCCUGGGCUAUCAUCGUAGGUCUCCUCAUCAGAUUUUCAGGUCGCUACAAGUGGCUUGCUCUUUACUUUGGUGUCCCUCUGAGCGUUCUCGGCGUCGGUUUGAUGGUCGCCUUCCGUCAACCAGAUGUUAACAUUGGCUUCAUCGUCAUGUGUCAAGUGUUCAUUGCUCUGGGUGGCGGAACAACCGUCAUCUGCCAGCAGAUCGCCGUCAUGGCCGCCGUCACCCAUCAAGAAGUCGCGGUUGCCCUUGCCAUCCAGUACGCAUUCACUAGCAUUGGAGGAGCAAUCGGUAGCUCCAUCGCAGCCGCAAUCUGGACCGGCGUUUAUCCUGCCAGGCUCCAGGCUUAUCUUCCGCCAGAGUCUCAAGCCAACUUUACUCAAAUUUACGGCAGCAUCGUCGUCCAAUCUUCGUACGCAGUCGGCAGUCCGACUAGGGAUGCGAUUGCAAGAUCCUACGGUGAGGCUCAGCGUUACAUGCUGAUCGCAGCUACCUGCUUCCUUGCUGUUGGUAUCUUCGCAGUCAUGGUCUGGCACGACAUCAACGUCAAGAAGAACAAGCAGACCAAGGGUCGUGUCUUCUAG